UGCGGCUUCGCUCACUGCUGGUCAGCUGAAGACACCAUGCCUAUCCAAUGUGACAUUUGCCUAAAAAAAGUUGCAACGCGGGCUCACCUUGCCAGCCACAUGAGUGUACACAAUCUUUUCGACUGUAGUGUGUGCAGCAAGAUAUUUCCCACCGGUGCUCGUCUAACCAAACAUCUGCGAACGCACACUGGAGAGAAGCCUUUUGAGUGUACUGUGUGCAGCAAGAAAUUUUCGGUGGGUGACAGUUUGCGCAGUCAUAUCCGAACGCACACUGGCGAAAAACCCUUUGAGUGUACUGUGUGUAAUAAGAAAUUUUCGCUGAGUGGCAGUCUGCGCGCACAUCUUCGGACGCACACUGGAGAGAAGCCCUUUGAGUGUACUGUGUGCAACAAGAAAUUUUCGGAAAAUAGCAAUCUACUCAAACAUCUAAGAACGCACACUGGUAAGAAGCCUUUUGAGUGUACUGUGUGCAACAAUAAGUUUUCGAUGAAAGGCAAUCUCCGAAAACACCUCCAAACGCACACUGGAGAGACGCCUUUUGAGUGUACUGUGUGCAACAAGAAGUUUUCGGUGAAAGGCAAUCUCCAGAGACAUCUCCAAACGCACACUGGAGAGGCGCCUUUUGAGUGUACUGUAUGCAACAAGAAAUACGCGAGAAGUGAUUAUUUGCAUGUUCAUCUCCGAACGCACACUGGAGAGAAGCCUUUUGAGUGUACUGUGUGCAACAAGAAAUUUUCUGUAAGAGGCAGUCUGCGCACACAUCUUCGAACGCACACCGGAGAGAAGAGUGUACGGUGUGCAACCAAUUAUGUCAAGUAGACAAUCUGUGCCAACAUUUCCGUACACACACAGGAGAGAUGGUUUAUGAGUGCACACAACUGUGUGCAGCAAGAAAUUUUCUGAGAAGAACAUAUUGCUGACACAUUUUUAAACCCACAAUACUGGGAAGAAGCCCGUUGACCAGACAUUUUCGGCGCUCAAGAAGGGAGUCCUAGUGUACUAAACAACCAGACCAACUUUAUUUCAUGCCUUACGCCUCAAAUUCUACAAACAUUGCUAAAGGUGCAUUACUUUGUGAAUGCUGCUUGCCAACAUUAUAAUUUUACCUUUCAUUUUCAAGUAUUUUUAAAAAAUCGAAUUUAAAUUAAAUAAACUCCUGUA